CAGCAGACAGAACCAGCUAGUGUCCAGGAGGGUUCUGGGCCAGAAGCAGUGUUCUGGAGAACCCGUUAGAACCCCGGGUCCCGCCUGUCUCUGGACCGUCCGGCUCUCUCGUCCCUGACCUCGUGUGUGAGACAGCGUCGCCGUGGAGACGGCAGGAAGACCCCAGCGACCUGAAGAAUGUGUGACAUCACAGCGCCCAGCGCCAUAAAAGCGGUUCUCCGUGGAGGUUCUGCAGACCCGACCCGUCCUGGAUCGUCUCAGGACCGACAAACCAAAGCUGAGACUUUAUGUCUUCAUAAAGCGUCUUUACUGGACCCGACGAGCAGCAACCAGCGCAUCUGGACCUUUGUUGGACUUUUCUGGACGCUUUAAAGGAUCACUUGGUCUCCUCCAAAUAAAGAUGGCCGCCUCCUCCUUCGUUCCUGUCCUCCUCCUCCUCCUCCUCUCAGUUACCGUGGAAACGAGGCCCUCACCUCCUGACGAUGACAAGCAGGUGCUACGUUCUCUUUUUGGCUCCCGCCUCACCUCGCUCAUUCAGGCCACGCCCACCCCUGAUGACAUCACCGAGGGCUCCGCUACCACGCCAACAUUCCCGCCUCCAUCCGGGGCGUCGGCCCCGAGUCGCCGUGGGAACGGCGGCGGCCCGGCGGCCCGGCAGGAGGCGGUCCCUCGCUCCCUCCUGGACUUCCUGCGGCGGCAGGCGAAGACGAGGAGGCGGAGCCGCAAGUCCAUGGCGGGAGGAGGAGGAUGCUUCGGGAUGAAGCUGGACCGCAUCGGCUCCCUCAGCGGGCUGGGCUGUUAGGGCGUGGCGCGCUGUUACCAUGGUGACCCUGCAUGAGCUCCUGGUCCAUGCGGUGGAGGCUCCAUGCUGGACUUUACUAACCGCAGACGCAGACAGAUGUUGAAGCGAUGAAGACUCUGGUGGUGGACCUGUGUAACAUGUUUGUUAAUGCUGACUAAGCUCAAGCUGCAAUAAACAGAAUAAAAAGCU